AUGCGGCAGGAGGUUAGGUCACAGCUAUCUGAGCCUGUUACUCAGGGGCAGGAGUUGGAGAGCACACAGCUACUGGAGCUUGUUACUCAGGAGCCGCAGGUGGAGAGCACACAGCUAUUGGAGCCUGUUAAUCAGGAGCAACAGGAGGACAGCAGAGAGUUAUUGGAACCUGUUACUCUGGAGCAGGAGGAGGAAAGAGGAGGAGAGCACGCACUAUUUGAGCCUGUUACUCAGCGGCAGCAGGAGAAGGGAACGCAACUAUUGGAACCUGUUACUCAGGGACGGCAAGAGGAGAGCACACAGUUAAUGGAUUGCGCAACUCAGAGGCAGCAGGAGUGGCAGCAGGAGGAGAACACACAGCUAUUCGUGCCUGUCACUCAGUGGCAGCAGGAGGAGAGCACACAGCUAUUGGAGACAGUCACUCAGCGACAGCAGGUGUAUAGCACACAGAUAUUGGAGCCUGUUACUCAGCGGCAGCAGGAGGAGGACACACAGCUAUUUGUGCCUGUCACUCGGUGGGAGCAGGAGGAGAGCACACAACUAUUGGAGCCUGUUACUGAGGAGCAGCAGGAGGAGAGCAAACAGAUAAUCGAGCCUUUCACUCAUGUGCAGCAGGAGAACACACGGCUAUUGGAGCCUGUCACUCAGCGGCAGCAGGAGGAGAGCACACAGCUAUUGGAGCCUGUUACUCAGCGGCAGCAGGAGCUGCUGGAGGAGAGCGCACAGCUAUUGGAGCCUGUUGCUCAGGAGCAACAGGAGGAGAGCACACAGCUAUUGCAGCCUGUUUCUCAGGACCAACAGGAGGAGAGCACACAGUUAUUGGAUCCUGUCACUCAGCGGCAUCAGGAGAGGCAGGAGUUGGAGAGCACACAGCUAUUGGAGCCUGUUACGCAGUGGCAGCAGGAGCAGGGCACACACUUAUUAAAGCCUGUUACUCAGGAGCAGCAGGAGGACAGCAGACAGAUAUUGGAGCCGGUUACUCUGGAGCAGGAGGAUCUGCUGGAGGAGAGCGCACAGCUAUUGGAGCCUGUUGCUCAGGAGCAACAGGAGGAGAGCACACAGCUAUUGCAGCCUGUUCCUCAGGACCAACUGGAGGUGAGCACACAGUUAUUGGAUCCUGUCACUCAGCGGCAUCAGGAGGGACGGCAGGUGAAGAGCACACAGAUAUUGGAGCCUGUUACUCAGCAGCAGCAGGAGGUUAGCUCACAGCUUUUGGAGAAUGUCACUCAGCGGCAGCAGGAGGAGAGCCCACAGCUUUUGCUGCUUGAUACUCAGGAGCAACAGGAGGAGAGCACACAGCUAUUGGAGCCUGUUACUCAGGGGCGGCAGCUGCUGGAGGAGAGCGCACAGCUAUUGGAGCCUGUUGCUCAGGACCAACAGGAGGAGAGCACACAGUUAUUGGAUCCUGUCACUCAGCAGCAGCAGGAGCAACAGGAGGAGAGCGCACAGCUAUUGGAGCCUGUUCCUCAGGACCAGCAGAAGGAGAGUACACAGCUAUUGGAGCCUGUUCCUCAGGACCAGCAGAAGGAGAGUGCACAGCUAUUGGAGACUGUUAAUUAUGUGCGGCAGGAGGAGAGCACACAGUUAUUGGAUCCUGUCACUCAGCGGCAGCAGGAGGUUGGCUCACAGAUAUUGGAGCCUGUUACUCAGUGGCAGCAGGAGGAGGGCACACACUUAUUAAAGCCUGUUACUCAGGAGCAGCAAGAGGACAGCAGACAGCUUUUGGAGCCUGUUACUCUGGAGCAGGAGGAGGGACAGCAGGAGGAGGGUACGCAGCUGUUGGAGAAUGUUACUCAGGAGCUGCAGGAAGACAACGCACAGGUAUUGAAGCCUAUUAGUCAGGAGCAACAGGAGGAGGGCGCACUGCUAUUGAAGCCUGUCACUCAGGGAGAGCAGCAGGAGGGCACAGAGCUAUUGGAGCCUCAGGAGGAGAGCAAACAGGUAUUGGAGCCUGUCACUCAGCGGCAGCAGGACGAGAGCACACAGCUAUUGGAACCUGUCAAACAGGGGAAGGAGGAGGUUCGCUCGCAGCUAUUGGGGCCUGUUACUCUGGGGAAGGAGCAGCAGGAGGAGAGCAAACAGAUAAUCGAGCCUUUCACUCAUGGGCAGCAGGAGAACACACGGCUAUCGGAGCCUGUCACUCAGCGGCAGCAGGAGGAGAGCACACAGCUAUUGGAGCCUGUUACUCAGCGGCAGCAGGAGCUGCUGGAGGAGAGCGCACAGCUAUUGGAGCCUGUUGCUCAGGAGCAACAGGAGGAGAGCACACAGCUAUUGCAGCCUGUUCCUCAGGACCAACAGGAGGAGAGCACACAGUUAUUGGAUCCUGUCACUCAGCGGCAUCAGGAGGAGCAGCAGGAGGAGAGCAAACAGAUAAUCGAGCCUUUCACUCAUGGGCAGCAGGAGAACACACGGCUAUCGGAGCCUGUCACUCAGCGGCAGCAGGAGGAGAGCACACAGCUAUUGGAGCCUGUUACUCAGCGGCAGCAGGAGCUGCUGGAGGAGAGCGCACAGCUAUUGGAGCCUGUUGCUCAGGAGCAACAGGAGGAGAGCACACAGCUAUUGCAGCCUGUUCCUCAGGACCAACAGGAGGAGAGCACACAGUUAUUGGAUCCUGUCACUCAGCGGCAUCAGGAGGGACGGCAGGUGAAGAGCACACAGAUAUUGGAGCCUGUUACUCAGCAGCAGCAGGAGGUUAGCUCACAGCUUUUGGAGAAUGUCACUCAGCGGCAGCAGGAGGAGAGCACACAGCUAUUUGAGCCUGUCACUCAGUGGCAGCAGGAGGAGAGCACACAGCUUUUGCUGCUUGAUACUCAGGAGCAACAGGAGGAGAGCACACAGCUAUUGGAGCCUGUUACUCAGGGGCGGCAGUGGCAGCAGGAGGAGAGCACACAGCUAUUGGAGACAGUUACUCAGCGACAGCAGAGGUAUACCACACAGAUAUUGGAGCCUGUGACUCAGCGGCAGCAGGAGGUUAGCUCAAAGGACCAGCAGAAGGAGAGUACACAGCUAUUGGAGACUGUUAAUUAUGUGCGGCUGGAGGAGAGCACACAGUUAUUGGAUCCUGUCACUCAGCGGCAGCAGGAGGUUGGCUCACAGAUAUUGGAGCCUGUUACUCAGUGGCAGCAGGAGGAGGGCACACACUUAUUAAAGCCUGUUUCUCAGGAGCAGCAAGAGGACAGCAGACAGCUAUUGGAGCCUGGGCAGCAGGAGGAGACCACACAGCUUUUGGAGCCUGUUACUCAGCGGCAGCAGGAGGAGAGCACACAACUAUUGGAGCAUGUUACUCAGGAGCAGCAGGAGGAGAUCAAGCAGAUAAUCGAGCCUUUCUCUCAAGGGCAGCAGGAGAACACACGGCUAUUGGAGCCUGUCACUCAGCGGCAGCAGGAGGAGAGCACACAGCUAUUGGACCCUGUCACUCAGCGGCAGCAGGAGGAGAGCACACAGCUAUUGGAGCCUGUUACUCAGCGGCAGCAGGAGGUUAGCUCGCAGCUAUUGGAGCCUGUUACUCAGGGGCAGGAGUUGGAGAGCACGCAGCUAUUGGAGCCUGAGGAGGUGAGCACGCAGCUAUUUGAGCCUGUUACUCAGCGGCAGCAGGAGAAGGGAACACAACUAUUGCAGCCUGUUACUCAGCGGCAGCAGGAGGGACAGCAGGAGGAGGGUACGCAGCUGUUGGAGAAUGUUACUCAGGAGCUGCAGGAAGACAACGCACAGGUAUUGAAGCCUAUUAGUCAGGAGCAACAGGAGGAGGGCGCACUGCUAUUGAAGCCUGUCACUCAGGGAGAGCAGCAGGAGGUCACAGAGCUAUUGGAGCCUGUUACUCAGCGGCAGGAGUGGCAGGAGGAGAGCAGACAGCUAUUGGAGCCUGUUACUCAGGGGCAGGGGUUGGAGAGCAAACAGAUAUUGGAGCCUGUUACUCAGGAGCCGCAGGAGGACAGCAGACAGCUAUUGGAGCCUGGACAGCAGGAGGAGGGUACGCAGCUGUUGGAGAAUGUUACUCAGGAGCUGCAGGAAGACAACGCACAGGUAUUGAAGCCUAUUAGUCAGGAGCAACAGGAGGAGGGCGCACUGCUAUUGAAGCCUGUCACUCAGGGAGAGCAGCAGGAGGGCACAGAGCUAUUGGAGCCUCAGCAAGAGGAGAGCACACAGCUAUUGAAGCCUGUUACACAGCGGCAGCAGGAGGAUAGCACACAGCUCUUGAAGCCUGUCACUCAGCGGCAGAAAGAGGAGAGCACACAGCUAUUGGAGCAUGUCACUCAGUGCCAGCUGGAGGAGAGCACACAGAUAUUGAAGCCUCAGGAGGAGAGCAAACAGGUAUUGGAGCCUGUCACUCAGCGGCAGCAGGACGAGAGCACACAGCUAUUGGAACCUGUCAAACAGGGGAAGGAGGAGGUUCGCUCGCAGCUAUUGGGGCCUGUUACUCUGGGGAAGCGGCAGCAGGAGGUUAGCUCACGGCAAUUGGAGCCUGUUAGUCAGGCACAGCAGGAGGAGGGCACACAGCUAGUGGAGCUUGUUACUCAGGAGCAGCAGGAGGAGAGUACACAGUUAUUGGAGCCUGUUAAUCAGGAACUGCAGGAGGAGGACACACAACUAUUGAAGCCUAUUACUCAGGAGCAACAGGGGGAGGGCCAGGAGGAGAGCAUAAAGCUAUUGGUGCCUGUUACUCCGGAGCGACAGGAGGAGGGCACACAUCUAUUGGAGUGUUACUCUGGAUCAGCAGGCGGAGAGCACACAGAUAUUGCAGCCUGUUACUGUGGAGCACCAGGUGUGAGCACACAGCGGCAGCAGGAGGUUAGCUCACAGCAAUUGGAGCCUGUUACUCAGGGACAGCAGGAGGAGGGCACACAGCUGUUGGAGACUGUUACUCAGGAGCUGCAGGAGGACAACGCACGGCUAUUGAAGCCUGUUACUCAGGAGCAACAGGAGGAGGGUGCACUGCUAUUGGAGCCAGUAACUCAGGGACUGCAGGAGGAGGGCACACAGCUAUUGGAGCCUGUUACCCAGGGGCAGGAGUAG